CUUUGAAAAAGCGGCGCGGCUAAUUCAAGAUGGCGGAGAUGGACCAGCUGUUAGACGAGAGCUCCUCAGCAGAGGCACUUGUCAGUCUAAAAGAGGGGAGUUUGUCCAACACUCUGAAUGAAAAGAACAACUUUCCAAGAGCUCACAACACCCGGGGAAGGCAUUCCUCCCUCACAAUGGACACGCCCACACGGAGCUCGAAGAGGAGCCGCUUGUUUCGGGAGGAGGAUGAGCAACCCCAGCAACGUGUCCCUUCCAGGUCCCCUCGGAGGAGCCAGAGGGUCUCCACCACACCACAGAAAUUUUCAAACGUGAUGACACCGGAUAAGAAGGCGUCCCAGAAAAUAGGGCUGAGAUUGAGAAAUCUCCUUAAACUACCCAAAGCUCACAAAUGGUGCAUCUACGAAUGGUUCUAUUCCAAUAUUGACAAACCUCUCUUUGAGGGGGACAAUGAGUUCUGCCUGUGUCUAAAGGAGUCUUUCCCAAACCUGAAAACAAGGAAGUUAACACGGGUAGAAUGGGGAACAAUCAGGAGACUGAUGGGGAAACCCAGACGGUGUUCGUCAGCGUUCUUUGACGAGGAGCGGACAGCGCUGAGACAAAAAAGGCAGAAGAUGCGUCUGUUGCAGCAAAGAAAACUUUCUGAUGUGUCAAACUGCAAAGACCUUCCAGAUGAAAUCCCCCUGCCACUCAUCAUAGGAACCAAAGUCACUGCUCGACUCCGAGGUGUCCAUGACGGCUUGUUCACAGGGCAGAUAGAUGCAGUGGAUACCAGCGCUGCAACAUAUCGUGUAACCUUUGACCGCAGUGGCUUGGGAACACACACUGUGCCUGACUACGAAGUCCUGAGCAAUGAGCCCAACGAGACCAUGCCUAUUACAGCCUUUGCCCAGAAGCAUCGGGCAUCCCGCUACAUGCAGAACCUCACAACUCCGCCCAGAGGGCCUUAUCCGUCCGCUACCACUCCUGUGCUCAUGGACAAUGACUCUCUCAUAAACCAGUCACCAUGGAGGAACAAACUGCCCGGAGCUGAGGGAGAUACUCUGGGAGGAUUUCCUGUCAAAUUCCUUGUCCAAGUGACAAGGCUGUCCAAGAUCCUCAUGAUAAAGAAAGAGCACAUCAAGCACUUGAAAGAAAUGAACACAGAAGCUGAGAAAAUGAAGUCUUAUUCGAUGCCCAUCGACCUAGACUUCCAGAAACGAUAUGCCACCACAGUGCUUGAGCUCGAACAGCUUAAUAAAGAUCUCAACAAGGUGCUUCAUGAAGUUCAGCAGUUCUGUUGUGAGCUUGCUCCUGAUCAGGGCAUGGUUCCAGUUGACCAUCCCACAGAGCUGCGGCGGCGCUGUGAAGACGAGGCCCAGCAGAUGGUGCAGAUGAGCAGCUCACUGAAGGACGGACAGCAGACUGUGACAAACCCUGGCCUAACACACCUCAUAUCCCGCCUCACCGCCCUGCUGCUACAGAUCAAGUGUUUGGCCGAUGGUGGAGACUUGAAUUCUUUUGAGUUUAAAUCUCUGACAGACUCCCUUAAUGAUAUCAAGGCAUCGAUUGAUCCCUCCAACCUCAGUUGUUUCCAGAAUAAUGUGGAGAUCCACGUGGCACACAUCCAGAGCGGUCUAAGUCAGCUGGGCAACCUGCAUGCAUUUUCCGCCAACAACACUAAUGCAGUCUGAGACCCUACAUCAUCGGAACAUCACACACACAAACACACAUACAGGUGCAUACACACAGAGGUGUGUGGUCUUUUUGAGAUGGUGCUUUCACCUGAACUGUCUGAAAACUGCAAAAAAAAGAAAGUUGUGAACCAUCACAGAGCAGACUCCUGUAUCUUUGUGCUGAGGGAGGAUGUCACAUGUAUUUUACCCACACAUUUUAUUGUAUGAAAAUGUUUGUGCACACAUCAAACACAAACCUGAAAGUUUUUCAACUAUUGCCACAAAUCCACUCUCAUCUCCAAACUCUCCCAGCUAUUUAUUGGUUUAAUGUGCCAAACAUCGAUUCUUACAGUUUUUAUAGUCCAUAUUUAUUUAUUUUUGAGUAGGUGAGUAUGGUUCUGAAACAAUAUUUUCCUACCUGUAAAGAUUUCCCCCUGUUAAGUGUUGUGUUCUGUUGCUCCACUGACGGUAAGCACAGGGAGGCUAAAGAAUGUUUUAUAAAAUUGUUUUUUUGUAGAUAAUUGUACAAUAUCUGAUUAUUAGGACUAUCGUCAACAUUUCUGCUAUGUAUUCAGAAAUGGCUUUUGUAAUUUUGUGUGCACUGAAAAGAGAUUUUGGUAUUUUUAUAAAGGAGAACUCUAUGGUUUGGAUGCCUUUUACUCCCUAAAGUUAUCUUAGCUUUUCCAUAUUUGGCAUGGCUGUUGCUGCACCCCCCCCCCCCCCCCACACACACACACACACACACACACACACUAAGCCUGCAUCACUGAUGUAACCUCUGAAAGUUUGACUCAACCGUUUUUUCCCAAGAGAAUCUCCUUUUUAAGUUUUGUAAAGUUGUAAAUGUGAGUGUCUGAGGGCAGUUGUAUAUAAAUGUUUGUCUUUUUUAUAUUAAACAUAAUAUUGCAAAGCAGGA